AUGCGAGUUGAUUGCGGAAAACAGGACCACAAGGUGGAGGUGUGCCGGUCAUCCUCUUCGAUGCUUGGUGACCACACGUUCAUCGAUGCUUCUGACUCUCUGGAGGACGACUCCGUCCCUCCGCUGCAGAUUUCCUUUGUACAAAUUGGAGGCUUCACGGAUUCUGCCACCUCAGCCUACGACCCCACCGAUGGCCCUCCGCGGCUCGGAACCCCGCCACGGUCGUCCCGCCUGCCGUCGUCGAAGUCGCCGCUGCCAGUCCGGUUACCUGCAUGGGACGGGCGCCUCUGGCCGCCAACACGGCCCUACCUCCGGCCGCUGCUGGCGCCGCCGUGUCCCUCCGUUUUGCUGGUACCGAUGGACGCUGAGGCUGCCGUCACGCCGCCGCCGCCGUCGCCCAUGGAGGUCGUUGCUCCACCUGCUCAUCCGAGCAUACCCAGUGGCGGUGCGCGGCCUUGA